AAAUAUGGUUUUCAGACAUUUUACAUAAAAGAGUGUAUACAAGUCUAAACUAAUACUAGAAUUAGAAACGCGCUUCUAAGAAGAUAAAACUAAGCUAUCUGACAACUAUUAUUGUUUUUAUUAUUUUUGCAGAGUUAAUAUUAAUGGCUGGUUUGGAUUUAGUAUCCCCUGAAGGACUUCGAUUUGACGGAAGAAAAUGUCAUGAACUGCGCAAAAUAACUGCAAAAAAGGGAAUUUUUUCACAAGCUGAUGGCUCAGCUUAUAUUGAACAAGGUAAUACUAAAGUUAUUGCCAGUGUUUAUGGUCCACAUGAAGUUAGUAAUAGGUCAAAAACUUUGCAUGAUUCAACUUUAAUUAAUUGUCAGUUUAGUAUGGCCACAUUCAGUAUGAGUGAGCGGAAAAAUCGUCCAAAAGGCGAUAGAAAAUCAACUGAAAUUUCUAUGUUGUUAGAAAAGACGUUUGCAACUGCCAUUAUGACUGAACUUUACCCACGUUCACAAAUUGACAUUUAUGUUCAAGUUAUUCAAUCAGAUGGUGGUGUUAUUGCUGCUUGUAUUAAUGUUGCCACGCUUGCUCUGAUAGAUGCUGGUGUGCCAAUGAAAGAUUUUGUUUGUGCAUGUACUUCAAGUUAUGUCCAGGAGAAAAAUUUGACAGAUAUAAACCAUUUAGAAGAGAGUUCUGGUUCUUGUCAACUUACUCUUGCUAUGUUACCAAGAACAGCAAAAGUGGUUGCUUUUCAAGUGAGUUCUAGAUUGCAUUUAGACAAUCUUGAAGAGUUGUUAAAGAUAACUAAACAGGGUUGUUUAGAUAUUUACAACGUUUUACAGCAAGCUGUUGAAGCAGACUCUUUGCAACAAGCUGUUACCUUAGUUGUUUGAUUUUAUUGACAGUUUUUUAUUUUAUAGAGUUACAGUAUUUAUAUUGAAAUGAUUUUGAAAAAAUUGUA